UACUACUACUACUACUACUACUACCAUCACGAGGUCAUCCGAACCCCCGCGGGUCUCCCCGUCUCCAAGAGCAAGAUUAACGAAUGAGCCGGCUGUCCAUCCCGCAUGAGCCGGCUGCAAUCUCGGCUGGCAGCUCCGCUGCUGGUGCGGGCCACACGUCGUACGGCGCUAUUGGAGCGUCGUCCAUCAACGGCGACGGCGGCCUGGAUGCGUCGGGCACUGGUGCAAGUGGAUCGCGUGGCAUGGCGACCACCCAUCGCUCAGUCUACGAGCCGAGCUCCUCUCAGACUCAGACUGAAUCUCAGUCAUUGCUGAACAAACGCCAGCAGUCACAGGCAUAUUCCCAGCAAUCGCAGGGGGUGUCUCGACCUUAUUCAGUUGGCACGGCCAAACAACACUACCAACCGCGCAACCACUUGCUCGACUUUCGCGUGAUGCGAUCCAUGGCGCUGUAUCGCUUCACCAUCUUCAUCCAGCUGGUUGCGUUUGGUCUUUUGCUGCCUGCCGUGUUUGUGCCGAGAUGGCUGAGCGUGCAGACUGGCUUGACACAAUCCACGCUCGGACUUUACAAAUUUUGCGUCUCUGUCGGCAACCUGCCACAAGAGUUGCUUUUACCUACUACCAGACAGAUGCCACCGUCGAACCCGGUCACUGUUUCGCUGGCUCUGUUCUCGGGAGGCGUGUUUGCCAACUUGCUCGUGUUUGUCCUGGCCAUCUGCAUUGCGCGAGCGGGCUUCCCCAGCGGUUUGCUGCGAGGCGCCCAUCUAUUCUUCUCCAUCGUGUGCAUUGCGGGGAUUGUCUCGUCCAUUGUCACCUUCACCGACCACUUUUCGGCCAGCUCUGGCGACUUUGACUACUUUUUGUGGAUUGUGAUUGGCGUCACGAUUGCCUUGUUUGUCGCCUUCCUGCUUGUCCUUCGUGCGCUAUGGCUGUUUGGGCAAGCGACGCGAUGUUGAUGCUUGCGUUUGGUGAGUUGUUGUGUUGUUGUUUUGGUGAUACUGGUCCAUCAAAGUCCAAAUACAGUGUAAAUUUUCUUGCACGA